AUGCUGACCGAGGCUAUCAUCGAGGUCUCCUAUGUCGUAGACCGUGUCACCCGUCCAGGAAAUGCCAACCUCCGCCUGUUGCAUCUCUCGACAGAUAUCGGCAACAUCACCUUCCACAACGGGUCCCGGACCGACCCAGGAUACGGAAUUUACCAACCGACUAUGCUAACAAAGGCCCUCUACGCCAACAUCCGCCAACGAAGAUCCAUCCUCCUCAAUUCACCCAUGGUGGCGCAAGAAUUCCCUCACGACUUCCAUGCCCGCAUCGAGACCCGUGAGAGCGACAUUGCCUUUGAGGCCGUGACCAGCAUGUUAAAUGCCAUGCGCUACGGCAACGAAUCAUGUAUCGAAAAGACAUGA